AGUUCCAGAAGGAGGUUCACCACCACUUUCUCAAGGGUGAUUAAGAAUGGGAAUUAAAUGCUGGCCUUCCAGCGCCCCCCACAUCCUAUGACUAAGAAAAACAUGUGACAGCAAUUGCUGCAUAACAGAAAUUAACUUAAGGAUUUCACCAUGUCAGAACCAAUAACGCUGAAUGUAGGGGGAAAGUUAUACACCACUUCCCUAAAGACUUUAACUCGCUUUCCAGAAUCGAUGCUUGGCUUAAUGUUUGAUGGAGCAUUGCCCACCAGCAUGGAUCGGCAAGGAAAUUACUUCAUAGAUAGAGAUGGAAAAAUGUUUCGAUACAUCCUGAAUUUUCUUCGAACAUCGCACUUGGACCUUCCAGUUGAUUUCCAAGAGCUGGAUCUUCUAAACAGAGAGGCUGAUUUUUUCCAGAUCCAACCUCUGCUGGAGGCUUUGCAGAAGAUCAAGUCCCCAGUGACUAAAAUAAAAAAGAAUGUAAUGCUUAACAUCAUUCAUGACUCAUAUUUACAUAAUGUUGGCUCCUAUACUGUAAAAAUUGUUACUGUUCAAGUAUUUUCCACAUCGUGUGCCUUAUUGAAACUCCUUAAUUCUAAAUUCUACUAUGUUUUCAAUGGAGACAAUUUAUCUACAGGCACCAAUCUGGAAGAUUCAAAAUUUAUUUCAUUAGAAUGGGCUGAAAAUACCGGAAGUAGAAUGGAAAGACAUUAUGUAAUGCAGAAUUGGAAAAGCCUCUAUGUUUCACCAUCUCAUCAGCAAAUCCAAAAUCUGGAAAUGUUUGUUCAACAAAUCAUAAAAACAGCAGUGGAUGGUGGUUUCCUUCUUCAUUCCAUUCCUUCUGUUUCAUCUGACCCAGUGAUCUUGCAUUUCACUCAGUAUUGAUAAUACUGCAAGUCAACUGACAUGGGUUUCCAAUCUUCUGUGUUUUAAAAAAAAAAUAACCUCUUCCUUUUUCUUAUUUAGAACUGAAUUUACUAUCAGAUGUGUACUUAAUAAUAAAUAUCCUGGUGUAUAAUGUGCAAUAUAAUGAACGUUAAUUCUUUGACUGGGGCAGUGGAAUUUUGAUGUUGAGAUAAAACUUAUGUUGCUAGA